ACCUCACCAACUCCCCUACAAGCCGCCGGGCCGAACGACCGAAGCAUCCACUUCCAAAGUGUACUGUUUGCUGCCCGCCUGGCGCCUGCCCCCAUAACUACUCUGCCACCAAUCCGGGGAGGAAUCAACCUAGCGGUAAGCGGACAUGGCGGCGGCGAAGAUAGCGCCGUCGAUGCUCUCGUCGGACUUUGCCAACCUCGCUUCGGAGGCUGAGCGCAUGGUCCGCCUAGGCGCCGACUGGCUACAUAUGGACAUCAUGGAUGGGCACUUCGUUCCUAACCUGACUAUUGGGGCUCCGGUGAUCCAGAGCUUGAGGAAACAUACCAAAGCAUAUUUGGACUGCCAUCUUAUGGUCACAAAGCCUUCAGAUUACGUAGAACCAUUUGGAAAGGCUGGCGCUUCUGGAUUCACAUUCCAUAUAGAAGUUGCUAGAGACAACUGGCAAGAUCUCAUCCAAAGCAUUAAAUCAAAGGGUAUGCGGCCUGGUGUAUCAUUGAGGCCAGGUACUCCAGUGGAGGAAGUUUUUCCCCUGGUGGAAGCAGAAAAUCCGGUAGAAUUGGUUCUUGUGAUGACAGUCGAGCCUGGUUUUGGUGGUCAGAAAUUUAUGCCAGAAAUGAUGGAUAAGGUGCGCACACUGAGAAAGAAGUACCCUUCCCUUGACAUAGAGGUUGAUGGUGGUCUAGGUCCUUCAACCAUAGACGUGGCCGCAUCUGCUGGGGCCAAUUGCAUCGUCGCUGGAAGCUCUAUAUUUGGCGCUGCGGACCCAGGAGCCAUCAUAUCUGUGCUGAGGAAGAGCGUCGAGGGCUCUCAGAACAAAAACUGAUUUUGGUGUUUCUGCUGUAAAGUACUCCCUCCGUUUUUUUUUAUUCGUCGCGUUUUAGUUCAAACAUGAACUAGCGGACGACUGAUAUUCGAGAAUGGAGGGAGUACUUCGACCCUGCACGUCAGAUGAGCUGAUCCUCACAUUGCACCGGAACUGUUCGGCGAGAAUAAAAUUUGAUGUUAGACCUUGAACGUCUUUUGCAAUAUGCUUUUUUGUCUGCCCUGAUUAUAUUCUACCCCUUCAUAUAACGCUUGAUGUGCCGUCAAGAAAUGGCGAAACAUUGGCAUGACUGUAAACAAGAAACUAAAUACGGGUAUAAAAAUCGUGUCA